UACAUAAAAGCAUAUAAUAGAUCGUGCAUAUACAUUAUAAGGUCAGCUAUAGCGCACACAAAGGAAGAUUCUAUGGAGUGGAGACAGCGCGUGACCUUUAGAGAACCAUAGCAACCGCCUGUGGCCGGCAAUGAGCAGUGGAAACAACCCGAGUGACCAGCCAGCCGCCUUUCUCAUGCCAGAAAAAUCGUACGAAGCCGGUUACGGAGCUGUAUCGCAUGACAUGAGCAAGCAAUCCUUUGGUAGUGGUCCGACACCCGUCAUGAAUCCAGAUCCGUGGAACGCCCAACAAGCCCCUGGGUACCCGCCCCCGGGCCCCGUGGAUGCCCCGGCUUACAGCAUGGGGGCGCCGCCGGCCGCUGCCUUUGACCAGCCCGCCGACACGGGCGGGGAGCAGCGCCCAGUCACCCGCGGUGACAUGAGCUCGUUCUUCGCUGAGGAGGAUAUUUACCGGAUGACCCCUCAUGUUAAGGUUCAACAUGAGGAAAUUUUCAAAGAGGCUGACGGUGCCAAUAGCUUCGAGGCGCUUGCCAAUGCGAGUGGGUUGGUCUUUAAAUGGACACAGCUGGGCGUCUACCGUUUCUUCAGCCUGGUUCUGGGCGUCCUUAUGGUCUUUCUCUGGGGGAUCAUUUUUGCCCUUAUCAACUUUCUCACGGUGUUCCUCAUGCAACCCAUGGUCAAGCUCACCUUCAUUCUGCUGAGACCCCUAGCCAUGCUGUUCAAGGCGAUCGUGCGGUCCUUCCUGGACCCGCUGUGGCAGUCUUGCGGCUUGGUCUUCUCUCGCUUUAUGGGCAGGUUCGCGUUCAACUUCAAGGGGCUGCCGGACCAGAAGCCGAGCCGCGCAGCCGCCAUCGAGGAACUGUAAAAUGUAGGUUAAGAUUUCCAACAAAGUGCCAAAGAAUCCAAGAGUGGUUUGGUGUUUUGAGGUCGGUGUCAAUUUGUUGAAGGUUUCCAUAGUGAAAAAUAUGCAGGGAAUUAGAUGAAACAAUAUAUAAAUGUAAAAUUAGCUUUCUUGUUGAGUAUCUUCAGCAGCUGACGAUGUUUUUGAUGUCAUGUGACAGUGUGUUGAAUACUUAGAUAGUGAACUUCAUUUUAAAAAACAAUACCAAAUAAUUUCCAUUUAAGCCAAAGAAAACAUCGAGCAAUAAGAGAGAAACUUAAGCUUUAAGAGUGUCGUUUGUGCCUUGUAAGAAGUACGCUUAAGCCAUUAUAAAACAUAGACAAAGAUCAGGAAUGAUGUAAAGUUUUAUUGAUUUCAGUCUAAAUCGAAUUGAGAGUUAAUCUUUUCAAAAGUCCAGGCAUUAUAUAAAUUAUUAGAGUGUGUGAUGAUUAUUUGACGAAUAGUUAAAAAAAUAAGGACACGUUUGAUUGGUGGCGUGUUUUGUGUGGUUGGCUUUACAUUAAAUAGGAAAGACUUAUAUAAUGAAUUCUAUUCAAAAGUAUUUAUAUUUACUGAGUGCUUAGAAGGUAAAAAUCAAGCGGACAAAGUGUAACGAACGUUAUGGUGUGAAAGGCAUAACAUUUAUGCUUAUUUUUGGUUGUGUAUAUGUGAAUGUAUAGAUAAUUAUAGGGUAAACGUGAGGUUAGGGUUGAAUAAUUUCAAAUUUUAGGAUCGAAGCACAUAAUUAUUGUAUUAAAAAUAUAGUUUUUAUUAAAUGAAGUAUGAUCUCCUUGGAAUCCCGGGUAGUUUAUCAAUCGAUAAAUAUAAAGUUUUAAGAUUGUGAAAUAUAAUAUUGGGUUAUAUUGUUCUGCUGUGUAUUUGACUAUUUGGGUUACAGAGGAACAGUUUGUGUUUUUGGUUUUCUUUACCAUUAAAUCGGGCCGACGUGUUGGUACUUUUGCAGAAAAUGUUAUUUUCCGUUCGUGAAAUGUACAUUUCUAUUUUCAUUUUCAUAAUUUCAAAACUGUAUUAAAACUAAAUUAAAGACCACUUGGGGGUAUGCUAAGUGCUUUAACUGUGUUUAGAUUUUGUGUUUGAAUAAAAUCUAACAUGGGCCCAGUUUCAUGAAACAUUUAGGCAGAAAAACAAAUCACUUAAAGCAAAUUGUUCUGAGCAAAAGCAUCUUUGCAUCACUUAACAAAGUGUACAAGCACGAUUUUCUGCAAGAAAAUUGACAGAAUAUUUUUUUUCAAACGAUGACAAAUUUUACCCAAGUUAAACUAUGAAGGUAAAACCAUAAUCACCAUAUUCUUUGUAAUUGCAUACUUACGAUUGUGGAAUGUGGCAAAUGUUUCCAAUAAUUGUUUUAAGGUUUGUCAAAGUAUUUCAUAAUUUGUUCAUUUUCAUUGUCCCUUGAACAGCAUGUACAAUGAAACAAUUAAACAUUAAUUAAACAUUA